UGCGGAACGAACCCAUAGCUUCACCUUGUCCCAACAGCGAGACCGCCGCCGCUCUUGUCGAGAUGGUGGAGGUGUGUGUCGUCAAGUCGCCUGCCGACUUUCAAGACUGGUGGGUGACGGAGAUGAAUGCGGGGUACCAGCUGUACCUGUGUGUGCUCUUGCUCUUCUUUUCCCUGGUGAUUGCCAUGCCGUUGGCGCGCCUAACGUUCUUCCUGUUGCACUCGCUCACGCCGGACCGGUGGAAGUGGCCAGGGGAAGCCCGGACGAUGAUCUUGUGGGAAACGUACUGGCUGUUUCGCGUCGGGUUGUUCUGCGCCGCGCUGCAGGCCGUCCGUCUCACGACCUUGCUGUGUCAAUGGCCACUGUGGAUCUUCGGGGUGCCGUUGCUGUUGUGGUUGAACAAAGCGGGCGACGUCAUCCGCGAAGUGGCCGUCCGCCGAGGCUCUGCCAAGACACUACUGUUCGAGAUCACCACAGUGGUGAAGAUUCUGGUGCUGUGCAUGACGUUCUACUUUCUGUACAUCUUGGUCUUUCCUGGGAUCGCGGACGACAUUUUAAGGGGAUUUUACACUGGCGUAUGUGUCCUAUUCGGCCUUGCGCUGGUGCCCGUGGUGCGCAAUAUCUCGGGGUCGCAACUGCUCUUGAUUAACCCAACCCGACCAGCGGACGACGACAUCCCCACUACUACUAGUAAUACUAGUAGUCGUACUACAUAUACCCAUCACAAGCGCCAUGUGCACUUGGACCAUGCCCCUACUGGCGUGUUGCAAGAUGCACCAAUUGGAUAUGUGCUCACAACAUGCGAUGUGUUAUCCAAGAUUUAUGUCCCCGCGGGUAAAUCGAUGGAUGCGCCGAUGGUUUUAUUUCAAGAGACGCCAUGGUGGCCACUUCGAUUGCACGUCGAGUUGCCUCUGUCGACAUCUGCCAAAUCCAUUCGACUGUUUAUUCAGUUGGUGGAUGCGAUGCUAAACAGUACCAACCCCACCGAGGCACCACGUGCCCAGCACAACGAAAGUCCAUUUGGAGCGACUAGGACUACUACUAGUACCCUGCACCGCCGUCGCCUACCUACUACUAGUACCCACCAAACCAACCACAAAAUUAUGCAUUCCGCCCUGAGCUCGUUUUUCCGCACCCCCGCGACCACCGCCGAGUCCUCCAGCCAUCGUCAAGUGGACGAAAGAAGAUGGAGGGUACUGAUGGAAGGUCCAUGGGUAGUGACUAUCCAAGGCCAAGUGUUUGCUGGGGGGUACCCUCUAUAUCGUCAAGCGCUGUCCGAGGUGGUCGAGAUGGUGAUGGUGAUACUACAAGACUAUGGAGUUGGUGGUGUCGUGCGAGAGUAGAGUCGAGUGUGCUGUAGGAUAUAUAUAGUAUCACCUAUAUCUAUUAAUAUAUAUAUCCAUA